CUUUAUCUCGUCUAUCAGCUUUGAGCUCAGAUAGAAACUCGAACCAAAAUGAGCGCCGCCGAGCAGAUCCAGAGCCUCAUCACCUCCCUGGAGACAGACUUGGGCAUCGAUGCCAACGCCCCUAUCGGCAACGAUAAGAAGCCGCAGCAGCAAAAGGAGCAGAAGCCCAAGGCCAAGAAGGCAAAGGCUCCGAAGCCUGCUAAGGCCCCUGCCGCCGACCCGAACCAGCCGGAGAUUACCAAACUCGACAUCCGCGUGGGCAAGAUCGUCAAGGUCUGGAAGCACGAAACGGCUGAUAAACUCUACUGCGAAGAGAUCGACGUGGGCGAGGACGAGCCACGCCACAUCGCCAGUGGUCUUGUGUACCACUACUCGCUCGAGGAGAUGCAGGACCGCCGCGUUCUGGUGCUGUGCAACCUAAAGCCACGCAACCUCGUGGGCUUCCGCAGCCACGGAAUGGUCAUGUGCGCUGCUGUGCCUCUAGAAGACGGUAAGGAGAAGGUUGCCUUCGUCACGCCCCCCGAGGGCGCUAAGAUCGGCGAGCGCAUCACGUUCGAAGGUCUCACGGGUGAGCCUUUCUCGCCUGCUCAGGUGGAGAAGAAGAAGGUGCUGACUGUGCUUGGCGACGACAUGAAGACGGACGACAACGGCGUCGCUAAGUGGAAAGAGCACGUGUUCGGUACGUCAGCUGGCCCCUGCACGGCCCCUGUGAACAACGGCGUCAUUAGAUAAGAAUCAGGAUGGAGAGAAGAACUUUCUUACGAGACAGAGUAAAAGCUUCUUCUUUUUAUGCAGAUAGCGUCUAGUUGUAGUGGACAUGAUGGACAUGGAGAACCCCUUAAGCUAGUUGCGUUUACGCUUGGGUCGAGAGUUUGUAGACGCUUGGACUUUUUUAA